AUGAGGUCUCAUGUCACCAACCUUUCAGCUGAGACAGAAGAGAAGGAAAAGCUUGCAACGAGGAAGCCUUCAUCAUCUCUCAACAAUGGUGUAGACAAAGAUUCUGAAGCUGCAACCAACGCUGGUUAUGGUCUUAGGGAGAACCCCAAGAAGACUUGGAGGAUUGAGAAUUAUUCAAGUGAAGACACUUUGGUGGUCUUUGACAAGUUCUGCAAAGAGUGUGGCAAAGGGUUUCAAUCUUGGAAAGCCUUGUUUGGUCACAUGAAAUGCCACUCUGAGAAAGAAAGAGUUUCCAAUAGCUUGGAGGAUCAAGAUUCAUGGACUGAUAAUAACAAUGCUAAUUCUAGCCACAAGAUGGUUAUGGAUAGCCAAUCUGAUAAUGAAGCGACUGCUCCAAAUAGAAGAAGAAGAUCCAAGAGAAGAACAAGGUACAUGGUUGCUGCUGCUGCUGCUGCUACAACUUCUUCUGUUGUGUCUUUUACCAACCCUUCCUCUUCUCUUUCCGAGGUUGAGCAAGAGCAAGAAGAGGUUGCUAUGAGCUUGAUGAUGCUUAGUAGGGAUGUGAGUCCUUGGAGUGGUCUUCAUUCUGUUGCUGAGUCCUCUGACAAUAACUCUGCUUGCUUUGAAGCUCGAUCUUCAGUUAGAACUAAUCUGGUUACUAAAUUUGAAGGCAGCAACAAGUUCAAUCCUACCUCCAAGUCCAACAUAGCAAAACCGAUCAAGCAAAGUGAUAAAAAGGGGGAGGUUGGAGAUUCGGCUUCUCAAAAACCCAACUCUAUCAAAGGGAAAAGUUCAGAACUUUUGGCUACUACUGAGUUUCCUGAAAAUGGGUUUAGGAUGAGCAAGGUUGGAGUUUCCAAUAAAGGGUUCAUCAAGGAUGAAAAAGUUAACAAGUCUGAGCUUGACUAUGUGUCUACAUUGGAGGAUUCUGAAGGUGAACAUGGGAGGAACAGAGUCAAUGGAACAGAAUCAGUUUUGUCAAAGUCUGCUACUCCUGUUUCUAACAAGCACAGUUCAAUCAAGACAAAGUUUUUUGGUUCUGAACUGAAGUCAAAUUAUUCCCUUAAGAAUUGGGUGGACAAGGCUUCAGAAGCUGAAUCCAGCAAGAACUCCCAUAAGAGAGGCAAGUUCGAGUGUACCACUUGCAACAAAAUCUUCCACUCCUACCAAGCUCUUGGAGGACAUAGAGCUAGCCAUAAGAAGAUUAAAGGUUGCUUUGCUUCAAAAAAUGAGAGCAGUGAAAACAGCAUUGAAACUGAACUCUCCCCUGACCCCACAACUGAAAGCAAGCUCAUGAAGAACAGUGGCAAUGAAUAUCUGGUUGAACAUGGACAUGGUCCUGGUUUUCAUAAUGAGGUAGAUACAGUUACUGAGUCCAAGAAAAGCAAAGGGCACGAGUGCCCAAUUUGCUUUAAGGUUUUUCCAUCUGGCCAAGCCUUGGGUGGCCACAAGAGAUCUCAUAUGGUUGGUGGGUCUGAGAGUAGAAACUUUCAAACAGUUGUACUUGAGGAACCAGUACCAGAAAUUAGAGACUUGCUUGAUCUUAAUCUUCCUGCAGCUACUGAGGAAGAAAGCAAUAGCCAUGCUGACUCUAACAGACCCUGGUGGGUAGUAGAAGACAACCACAAACAGGAGGCACUGGUAGGCCUUAUCUCAUAG